ACACAAUUUGGUCGACAUAAAACACACCUCUUUUUUAUACCAAUUAUUUUUACUUAUUGUUUUUUCUCUUCUUUGAUUGGGACCCGAAGCCCCUACCUAAUUGAUAUAUCGCAAUGGCCAGCCAAAUGAGCUUAGCGGAUGGUCUCCAGGCUCCAAGUGCCGGAGUACAGCCGCACCUGCAGCCAUGGGAGGCACAUGCGUGGUCCCCGGAACGUCUGGGCUCCAUGUACUCCGACUGGGCGAUGCACUUCUUCAGCCAACAGCGGUACGCGAACGGACUUCGCUAUUUCAAUAACGCCCUGGAUCUGAAUCCGUUCAAUGCCAGAGCUCUGAUGCGCCGAAGCCAGCUGAAAAGAUCCAUGGGCCUGGCCCCCGACGCUCUGAAGGAUUGCUCCCACGCAGAGGAUCUGCUGAUGAGCCGAAGGCCACCAGUAGUCAAUCCCAAUGUCAGUCUGGAAGUCUGCGAUGCGCUGUACGAGUCCAAUCGGCUGGAGAACUCGAAAAUAAAUCUGCAUUGUCAUUUAAAGCGAUUUAGCUCCGCACAAAGAGGUCCUGUUGUCGACCGUCUUAAUGUGUUAAAUGAGAACUUUCGAGACACAUUAUCAGAUGAUACCACCAUGUCUGUACAGCGCCUUAUCAAUCGCAUGAUGGAUAGUUUGGCUAAGGAAUCCAAGGAUAUGAAGGAUACUUGUGACGUGAUUAGCAUAAUGGAAAAGGAGGAAGCCCAUUUGUCCCCACUGGAAAUAGCCAGGCGAAAAAGGCACUUUAAGAUAUAUAACCAGUCGUAUCUGAGCAAGUGCUGGGUGGAUGUGGCCUUCCUAAAGAGACUACGCGAUGAUCCCAAUGUAAAGCCCAAACAUUGCAAAAAGUCAUCCGAGUACUUGGGCAAGCUGAUGGCUAGCAACUAUAAAGCGGAGCGCACUCUUACGAAAAUGCUGCAUACCCGAAAUCCCAUGUACGCCUUGCAUCAACAGAAAUAUCCCAACGAGGCAUUUUAUAAUAAGCACCGGGAGGAAAAUCUGUAUCGCAUUCAGUACCAGACAAGGCGAAAUAUGUUCAAGAUUCUGCGCAGUAUUCGAUUGCUGAUUCGUGUUGGAGAACUCAAUAAACUGACCACAUUUAUUGAGGAGGUCAUGGGAGACUAUGUCACCAUUAAGACGAAUCGCGUAAUGCCGUGGAAAUUUGAAUUCACUAAUGAGGUCUACAACUACCUAGGUCUAGCCCGCAUUAAUGAAUACAAAAUCCCCAGCAAUAUGACUGUCUUGCAGGGAAGACAACGUCUUCUGACACUUUUCAGACUGCCGCUCAAUAAUAAUCUGGACAUAAAGAAAUCAAAGACAAAACGAUCGAGUACUCUUCAUAUAACAAGAUCGGGCACCACCGAUCCCAAAGCUGAGCACUUUAAGAAACAAGUGGUUCGACUGGAGAAUCGGAUGCGGUUUGCCGAGUAUCACAUUGAACGCGCCUAUCUACUGCAUGAAUUGGCCCAAGAGCAUCUGAAUUUUAACUCAUUUGAUGGAGCUUGCUCCAUGGCACGUAUUGCCCUGGAGGAGGCCAUCAAAUGCAAGAGUGUAGUUUGGAGCUUCCUGAGUCUCAUGGUAAUAUGCAAGGCCCACGCAAUUCUGGGCAAGAUCGAACGGGAAAAGGAUAUUCUGGCCGAAGCCUUCGAGCUGGCCAAGAAAAUGAAGAACCUAGACCUGUGCUUGUUCAUCGAUAUCUGCAUUAAAGUUAAUGCGGAGGAGAUGGAAAUGAAGCGCAUGGUUACUACAGAUUUGACUGCUAGGAGACAAAAGUUUGGCUCGAAAAUGUUCCAAAGCAACGAUCAGGUGAAUGAGGAUCGCAACCAAAUUACCUAGAAAACAGUACAGUAUAAUAGUAU